AUGGUGAGUCUAAAAUAGAAGAUGGCCAAAGCAUUAGAAAAGAAAAUUCCGCUUCAACUUUCAAAGAAAAAACGGUUCGACUCGUCUUCUUCUGUCUCGAAACGUAGCAAAAAGUUGGUCAGAACACUAAUUGAUGUAUUAAAAGUUGAUCCUGAGAGUCUCAGCAUGCACAACUGUCAAAUUUCCAAGAAAUUAGGGCUUUAAUUCCCAUAACAGCAUUUCUCAACUAGUUUCAAGUGUCAUCUCCCUUUAAAACUAGAAAGAUAUGUACAGUACCGCUCAAAAGUAUAUUAAGUUUUGGUUUUUUGAGAAUAUCUCAGCGAGUACUUAUCCGAUUUAUAUAUAACUUUCAGGGAUAAUGUAAAAAAUACUUUGAAACAUAUACGGCAUAUAAAGACAUGUCCGCAAUCACUGUGACGCGUUUUAAGAAUUUUUUUAUUGAAUUCAAUUUUUGUUUUUUUAUGCUUUUUAUUUUUUUAUUUAUUUUUUUAUUAAAUUUUUUUAAGAGUAAUAAUGUUGCCAUAUGAUUUUUUUCAUGUUUUUCAGACAUGGGAAGAAUCUCUGGAAAAAAAGGAUUUGACUGAUAACGACAAAAGAGCCAUCGUUGUGGGUCGUCAAAAUGGACUGACCAUGAUGACGUUGGCAGGAAUGUUCGGCGUGACAGAGGCGGGCAUUUCUCAGUUCCUAAAGCGUUGGAAAGCUCAAGAUGGCUCUACUAAGAGCCAACACACUGGCAGACCACGUGUCACUGAUCGUAAUGACGAUAGAAACAUUUUGAAGACGUCUAGAACCGAUCCAAGACUCACCGUCCUUGCGAUCAGACGGGAAGUUUGCUUGAAUUCGCCAUCUCCGCCAUCCUUCUCGACCGUGAAACGACGUCUGAAUGCUGCUGGAAUCAUAGGAAGACGUCCAGUGAAGAAACCGCUGAUUUCUGAAAAGAAUCGAGCCGCCAGGGUGAAGUAA